UUGCUAUUUCCUAUCUUCCUCCCUCCGUCUGUUUCCCUCUCUUUCUAUGUAGCUUUGUUGUAUUUAAGUGUACUUUUUAUUUUUAUUUUCCUUCUAUUUAUUUAUUUAUUUUUCUUAUUUGUUUUUGUUUUUUUUGGGUUUUGUGCGGGUUUUUUUAGAAAUUCGGUUUUUUUAUUUAAUUUUCUAUUUUGAUUUGAUGAAUGAUGAGUUCUUAGCUGAUGGAGGGAGUUGUGGUGCUCGAACUCGAAUGGUGGAUUGAUUUUGUAUUUUUUUUUUGGGGUGGUGUUACUGGCAACGAAAGUUGAAAUCCAGAAAUGGAAUGGGGUUUGGGGUUUGAUUCUAGUGAUUUUUUCACUGGGCAGUGGUUCUGAUUUGGAUAAAUGAGUUGCUUUUAAAAUUUUUUUUGGGGGCUCAAGUUUGAUAUUUAUUUGAGUUGGAUAUGAAAAAGUUAUCAGAAAAGGAUUUUUUUUUUAUUUUUUAUUUUUGUGAAAGAAAGAAUUUUGAUAAUCUUUUUGGAUCUGGAAUUGGAGGAUAACAUGACCAAAGCGCCUGAGAUUUAAUUGAGCUGCAUCAAUUUAAUGGCUAUCUUUGUUUGUUUGAUUUGAUUCUGGAACUUCCAGUUCUUGUAUUUGGUACCGUUUGAGAUUCUUGGAGAAGAGAUCUUAUUAUUUUCUCACAACCCUAUAAAUCUAUACUUGAUUUGUUUGCAUUUUCUGUACCUUUUUUUUCCCCUCUUGACUCUUCUAAUCUAUAGCUUGAUUCUUUCUAGCAAAUUGUUGAGUGAGAAUUCUUCUUUGAAAGUCGUGUUUUUAUGAUUUCAAUUCUUCCAAGCUAGAGUUCUGUUUGUUUUAAUAAAUUCUUGAAUGAGGGAUCUUAUUUGAAACAUCUAACUUUCUUGACUUCACCUCUCCAAAGCUAUAUCUCAGUGUUUAAUUGUUUUCUGUAAAAUAUUGGAUGCCAUGCGGAACUUUAUUAUACUUAUUUGAAGAUAUUUAUUGGUUGGUGUGUUUUCAAAUGUUCUUGGGAAUGGGGUAUCACUUGAGCUUUCAUUUUUGUGUUCUUUCAGCUCUUUCAAGCUGCAGCUAACUCUGGUUUUGUCACACAGAAUUUUUUAGUUGUCUUCCACUGUAGUUUUUAUGUUAGUGGUUGUUAGAAUUUGGUUCUCUUUCAUUUUAUGAUUUGAACUGAAAAUGUAAGCAUGCUAAUGCUUUGCUCACUCUUUACUUCAUUAUGGUGAAUUUUUGGAUCUCAAUCUGAAGAAAACAAGCUGGAAGGAGUGGGAUUUCAUUAUGAUCUACUGAAAUUGGAAGAAAAAAAAAGAUACAGGCCUGUUUGAUUGAGCUGUGACUGUUGCUACUACUAUUGUCAAGAAUGGGGUCUCAUUUGAACUUCAAGAACUUUGGUAAUGCCCCAGCGGGGGAGAGCAGCAAUGCAAAGCCAUCAGGUUUAGUCCGCCAGCCUUCAGUAUACUCAUUGACCUUUGACGAGUUCCAGAGCACAUGGGGUGGAGGAUUUGGAAAGGACUUUGGAUCAAUGAACAUGGAGGAGCUAUUGAAAAACAUAUGGACAGCUGAAGAGACUCAGGCAAUGACAAGUACUGUUGGUGCUGGAGAAGGAAGUGUCUCUGAUGGGAAUUUGCAAAGACAAGGUUCUUUAACUUUGCCCAGGACAUUAAGUCAGAAGACUGUUGACGAGGUCUGGAAAGACUUGAUGAAAGAAAGAACGGAUGGUGCUAAAGAUGGGAGCAACAUGGGAUCAAAUUUGCCUCAGAGACAAGAGACUUUGGGAGAGAUGACUUUGGAGCAGUUCUUGACCAGGGCAGGGGUCGUGAGAGAGGAUACUCAGCUAAUUGGAAGACCAAACAAUAGCGGAUUCUUUGAUGAAUUAUCGCGUCUAAAUAAUUGUAGUAAUAAUAAUAACAACACCAAUUCUGGUAUAGCUCUUGGGUUUCAGCAGCCAAAUCGAACCAAUGGACUCGUGGGGACACGAAUAGUGGAAAACAAUAAUAAUAUCGUUACUAGUCAGCCUGCAAAUUUAGCCCUGAAUGUAGGUGGAAUCAGAUCCUCUCAGCCACUACCUCAGCAGCAGCAGCAUCAGAACCAACCCCAGCAGCAGCAACCACUCUUCCCCAUGCCCACAAAUGCGGCUUUUGCAUCACCUAUGCAUUUAGUGAGCAGUGCUCAGCUUGCCAAACCAGGAGUGAGGAGUUCAGUUGUUGGGAUUGCAGAUACAUCGAUAAACAAUAAUUUAGUUCAUGGUGGAGGAAUGGGAAUGGUUGGUUUAGGUGCUGGGACUGUUACAGUUGUAACACCAGCUCCUGCAAAUCAGAUAUCACCAGAUAUGAUCACAAAAAAUAAUGCAGAUACGCUUUCUUCACUUUCACCAGUUCCUAUCAUGUUUGGCCGGGGAAGAAAAGCCAGUGCAGCUUUGGAGAAGGUAAUUGAGAGAAGACAUCGGAGAAUGAUAAAAAAUAGAGAGUCUGCUGCAAGGUCAAGGGCUCGCAUGCAGGCCUAUACAUUGGAGCUAGAAGCAGAGGUUGCAAAACUUAGAGAACUGAACCAAGAGUUGCAGAGAAAACAGGCAGAAAUUAUGGAAAUGCAGAAAAAUCAGUUUUUAGACACAAUAAAUGGGCAACGGGGAUCUAAAAGGCAAUGCUUGCGGAGGACACUGACAGGCCCUUCGUAGAGCUCAUAUUAUUGAUUGUGGACAGUAGUAGAGCUUGAGAAUGCAGUCUUCGCCAUUUGUGUGUAGGGAUUGGAGGGUGCAGCUUUCACCUGCAUCUUAUACUUUGAAGGUUAGGUAGCUGUAUGUAUAGGUACAGAGAGUUGAGUUGUAAAUUAUGACUUGAAAUUGGUUUCACACUAUAGAUUAAACUUUCUUAUUAGUGUCAUCUCUAUUUGCUUUUCAUUUGUUCGUAGAGGACAUGUAGGAUAGUGAAGCUAGUUUGCUAAGAGGUAUUGCACUGUUAGCUUAAUAAAUUUUAACAGCAAAGAACUAGCUUUAUUAAUGACAUCUGUAUAACAAUUGGCGUAGGUGAUUUUGCUCUCUAUUAUUUUAUGGUUA